AUGUUGUUUUUUCACGAACAUGUUUUUCCUUAUUCUUUCCUUACUUCCACUACUACACUUAGUGAAGUUCUUUCUAAAAUUGAUAUGCAUGUUACUCUUCUGGAUUCACCUUCAUCUCCUGAAUCUCCUUCCACUACUCCAUCUACUACUCAAUCCAUUUCCACUACCAUCUCAGACAUUCCCUCUUCCGCUUCUACUCCUCCUAUUGAAAUUUCUUUGCCAGUACAAGGAACCAUGACUACUAAUACACAUAACAUGCUUACUAGAGCAAAGAAUCAUAUUUAUAGGCCAAAGGUGCUUUUCUCAACAAAGCACUCUUUACCAGCUGCUUAUAUGGCCACAAUAACACAUCCAACACCAACUUGUUACUCUCAAGCUAAGAAGCUUCCUGUUUGGUGUGGUGCUAUGGAUAAAGAGCAUACUGCUCUUUUUGAAUCUAAUACUUGGACUAAGGUACCUUCAUAUCCAUCUCAAAGUUUAGUUGGCUUCAAGUGGGUGUAUAAGUUGAAACUCAAAGCAGAUGGAUCUAUUGAUACAUACAAAGCAAGGCUUGUGGAUAAGGGCUAUCAUCAACUUGAAGGUCUUGAUUAUACUGAUACUUUCAGCCCUGUAGUAAAGCCUACUACUAUCAGAAUUGUUCUUGCCGUAGCUGUGAAUUUUAACUGGGAUAUUACGCAGCUUCACAUCAGCAAUGCCUUCUUGCAUCGAGAUCUGAAAGAGGUUGUAUAUGAAAAAGAGGGGGUCUAA